UGGACUUCAGCAGUUCAGCUAACAAAAUUAUGUAAGAUAGACCUUUCUUCUCCUCUACUCAUACGUUCUGCUUGCUUCUCUUGAAACGUACCUUUAUUGAAUUUUUUAAAAAAAUGUUUAUAGGGAUGCUGCUUUUGCAGUUUAUGCAACUAUAUUUGUACAUCUCUGCACUGAGGUUAUCUUUUCUUGGCUUGAAUGCUGCUGACAGUCUUUUCAAAACUGCCCUAUUACAAUAAACGUUGCCCACUUAGUGCAGUUGUAAACACUGUAUCUUAUUUUAAUUAUCUGAAGAGAACACCAUGUCAGUUGCAUGUUCCAUAAAUAUGACUUGAUGACCAUUUGUCACUUUUCUUAAACGCAAUUAUUUCUGUGCUAUUGCAUUAUUUUCCUAAUUAGUAACAAUUGCAAGUGAUAAUGGAAACAUGUUACAGGCAUUGGUCAUUGUUUUGUUUCUUUAUUCUUUCCUUAAUUCUGUAUCAUUUGACAAAUCUGAUACUAUGAAUAAAAAUAUAUAAAGCAUGUAUGAUGUGUGGUGGUGUAUAUGACUGAAACUACAUUUUGCCUCAGAAAUUGACAGCAACGCUGGUUGACUUGCAUGAUGAGCUAUGAAGACCUUCUUAGGUCUGCAUAACAGGCAGCUUACAUUUAGCUAAUCAGCUGGCCCAUUUCCUUCAGAACCCAUGCUGCUGGGUUGAGUCUUUUCAUCAUAAUUUUCAUUGACAGAGGCAUAGUACACAUUCGUUCAGGAAGCAGCUUUAAAGGUUAAGGAAUGAAAUUUGUUUGGAUUUGAGAGCUGUAUGUGUAUACUGUGCUUAGAAGGCAUGAUACUGAUAUUAUUUUGGUGUUUUUUUGUUCUUUUUUAGGGCAGGUUAAAGUUUUCAGGGCCCUGUAUACAUUUGAGCCCAGAACGCCAGAUGAACUAUACUUUGAAGAAGGAGAUAUCAUUUACAUCUCAGACAUGAGUGAUACAAAUUGGUGGAAAGGAACUUGCAAAGGGAGGACGGGACUAAUUCCAAGCAACUAUGUGGCAGAGCAAGCUGAAUCUAUUGAUAACCCACUGCAUGAAGCUGCCAAACGUGGCAACCUGAGCUGGUUGAGAGAGUGUUUGGAUAAUCGAGUUGGGGUCAAUGGCUUAGACAAAGCUGGAAACACAGCUCUCUACUGGGCAUGCCAUGGAGGCCACAAAGAUAUAGUGGAUGUUCUGUUUACCCAGGCAAACCUAGAGUUAAAUCAACAGAACAAAUUGGGAGACACAGCUUUGCAUGCUGCUGCAUGGAAGGGUUAUGCAGAUAUUGUAGAGAUGCUGCUGGCAAAGGGGGCAAGAAUAGAUCUGAAGAACAAUGAGAAGAAACUGGCUUUAGACAUGGCAACCAAUGCAGCUUGUGCUUCCCUGCUUAAGAAGAAACAGAAUGCAGGUACAGUCCGAACAUUAAGUAAUGCAGAGGAAUACCUCGACGAUGAAGACUCUGAUUAGCUUUUCUCAUUCAGCCUGAAGAACUAUAACUUGCCUAUGUCAUUCUCAAAACUUAUCUUUACAACUGUAAAUAUAUCUUACUUAGAGUAUUUCAGUCUUCCAAUAUAGCAUAUAUAUGAGAGGUGAAAUCAUGCUUCACAAAGGAAUAAUCUUCAUGUGUGCCAGAAGAUGCCUCAUGUUAAAUCAGAGUUCCUUAGAAAUUAUCUCACAGAAGAAGUGUGGCAUACCCUUAUCGUUGAAUGGGCAGAGGACCAUCUCUAAACUUGCAGGUUGCAUUUCAGACUUUCCCAGCAAGUGCCUUGCAUCUCUGGAAUAUGCUCCUCAAACUGAAAGGUCCUGCUGGGACAGCAGGACACCAUUGCUAACAUUUCCCAAAAUCUCCCUGGAUAUAGGUUCCUUUAUGCAGAUAAGAUCAUAUGGCAGAGUCAGUACUGGCUGACAGGCAUGUAGGGAGAUGCUGCUAUAGAGAGUCAUUGUCUUUUACCCACAUAGAGCAGCAAGACAAGGUUUGAUUUUUUUCUUUUUUCCCCCUAUUCCUUCCUGUACUCUUCUAAGUAAGGUGUAGAAUGCCGUUGACAAUCUGCCCCUGGAUGCCUUUUCUCUAUUGCUAUGGGCCCAAUCCCUGAAAUGUAAACUCAGGUGAAAUGCUUGCUUCAGUCAAUUUUACUUGAGAAAUACACUUAAUUUUUGACUUAGUGACCUGAUUAUUUUGCAUUUUGAAGUGCAUUACGCUGAAACUAUUCAUAGUAAAAGGAAGACAGAAUAUUUUUCUAUUUAUCCUGCCUACAUUUUUUUUUGCUGAUCUCUUGCUUUUAUUUUUUGAAUGUGCUAUUAUAUUUUCUCCUAAAUUACCUCAAAGCUUAAAUGUGUUUGAAGGAAUGAGGGAAGAUAUGUAUCAAAUAUACCAUAGGUAUCUUUAGAAAAGAUACCUGAAGCUGAAUAAACAUUUUAAAAAUAUAUUGCUUCUUCCUGUGAAUUAGAGAACUAAAAAAAAAUGAGCCAUUUUCAAGCUUCCUGCAGAGUUAAAUAAGUGCUUCCUUCACAUUGCUCAAAUACCUGCAGCCAAAUAUUACACCUUAUUGAGGAAUACUUCCUUACUGUGAUAGUAAGAAAAUGUUACAAGUAUUUGAAUUAUCUCAUUUUCAGUUUUUGUUGCUGACUUUCCCGUUAGCAAUUUUGACAGAUUCAGUCCAACACAGCAGUCUGAUACUUUUAAAAAAAUUAAAUAAA